UGGUAUGUGUAGAGGAGAAAACAAUGAUCAUAAGAGGAUGGGGACAGGGUGGUCACGAGAUGAGUCACAAACAAGUGAAGAAGCAAACCAGAAACAGCCAACUGAGUCCAGAACAGAGGAGAAAGCACCACAACAACAAGUGAAGCCCCAACCAGAACCAGAACUAAAGCUUCCUUAUAACUAUGAAUCUAUACUAAGAGAAGCUGACUCAGUAAUUGACAAGUCUUCAGCAGAUAAGCUUUAUGAUCAACUCUGCAAUGGAGUUUUCUUGAACCAAAAGAAGAAGAAAUAUUGGGUUGAAAAGAAGUCCAACGGGAACUGCUUCUUCUUAUUUGCUAGGGCUUUAUCAAUCACCUGGGCUGAAGAUAAUCGUUUCUGGCACUGGCCUUGCCACUACGAGACAAGUGAUGCGUUUGUGGAAGUGGCUGAACUAUUAAACGUUUGUUGGCUGGAAAUACAUGGAAAAUUUGACACAACAAAGCUCUCCUCAAUAUUCCUCUAUGAAGUUGCAUUUGUGAUAAUGCUAAAGGACUGUGCUUAUGGAUGGGAAGUUCCUGUUAACACCAGGAUUACUCUUCCAAAUGGAAUCAAGCAAGAACACAAACAAAACUUAGCCACAAAGCCUAGAGGACGAUGGAUUGAAAUCCCCGUCGGUGAGUUCAUCACUUCACCGGAAAAUGUCGGGGAGAUUGAAGUUUCUUUGUAUGAAUAUGAGGGUGGGAAAUGGAAGAAAGGGCUUGUGGUUAAAGGUAUCAUCAUUCGACCAAAAACUUAGAAGUCGUUCUCUGUCGUUUUUGUUUUCUGGUUUUUAUUUUCCGUUUUUCUAUAAUAAGAGCUUGUCUCCUGAAAAGGGGUUGAUGAAAUAAACAAAUUGCCAAUAGAUACUUGCUAUUGAAA